UUCCCAAUGGGCACAGCAAGCACUCCUAUUUACAAUAAAUCGUCUCGUAAAGUGGAAUUGAAGGGGUCCCCUGCUCCGACUGUGAUGAUCACAACCUCGGUUUGAAGCGGGCGGAGGGGGGAGCACGCUGUAACUUUAGUCCCUUAUAAAUCUACAAGAGGCCACUGCUGUCCGAUUGGCACGCGUAAAAGACGAGCUGUUCCCCAACUAGAUGGGGUGAGAGAAGACGCGUAAAAGCGCUCUGCAGUCGCACCGAAGACAAACUCCGAGCUGUUUUUUUGCCAGCCUACUUUUAGAGGAAGACUUUUUUUAAAUCUUGAAAUCACAGCUUUGUGUGGAUUCUGAUUUCGCCGUAACGCGAAAGCUAAAAAAAAGUUCGGACAUUGCGACCUUGCUGAAUACCAGGACCGUCAUUAAGUUUUGAUGUUUAUUUAACAGCUUUGUAAUCUGUCUGGACAAAAAGAAGCAGUGAAUCGCAUAUCAAGACACUGAAGUUAAUCCGAUAGAAACCUCGGAGCGAUUGGAGAGUUGCGAGCCGAGCGGUCUGAUGCGGUGGAGGUUUGCUUAAGGCUGUGCGUCCCGCUGACGAUAACCCUUCAUCUGUUUUUAACUUUGCUGUUUUCGUCCUUCCAGUUCUGUCAACAUUCAGCAGCAACUCUACGCACACUUGCUGCGAAUUCACCGUCAGUGAGGAAUAGACCCGUGCAAUCCUGUUAUUCGUUUUUUCUAUAGAAACAGUUGAAUGGAUUUUAAGGUACACUUUACUGAAACUGGGAAAUUAGAACCAUUCGCUUUUCAAAUAACUGACUGGGGCCACUUGGCUCGUGUGCGUAAAUGCUAUCCACUUUGAAUUUUGCCCAAGAAAUGCGUCUGCAGAGCGAUAUUUAAAUCGGCUAGGUAAUUAUUAUCUGUUUUUUGUUUGAGAUUUGAAGACACUGGAGGAGAAGAUGAACUUGUGUGUUGUCAGUCUUCUCCUCACUUUGGAUUUAGCCACCGUGGCGCUCAGUUUGUCCACAUGUAGCACGCUGGACAUGGAUCAGUUCAAGAAGAAGCGCAUCGAGGCCAUCCGAGGGCAGAUCCUGAGCAAGCUGAAGCUCACCAGCCCCCCAGAGGACUUCCCCGAGCCCGAGGAAGUGUCCCGGGACAUUGUCGCCAUAUACAACAGCACCCGGGACCUUCUGCAGGAGAAAGCAAACGAACGGGCUGCGACGUGCGAGCGGCAGCGGAGCGAGGAGGAGUAUUAUGCCAAGGAGGUUCACAAGAUCGACAUGCAGCCCUUCUUCCCGUCAGAGAAUGUCAUCUCUCCUACGCACUUCAACCCUUACUUCAGGCGGCUGACAUUUGAUGUUUCUUCCAUGGAGAAGAAUGCGUCCAACCUGGUGAAGGCUGAGCUCAGAAUCUUCCGCCUUCAAAACCCCGCAGCCCGAGUGUCUGAGCAGCGCAUUGAGCUCUACCAGAUUUUAGGACACAAAGACCUGACAUCCCCAACACAGCGGUAUAUUGACAGCAAGGUGGUACGAACUCAAACAGAGGGAGAGUGGCUGUCCUUUGACGUCACAGAGGCAGUGAGUGAAUGGCUGAACCACAGAGACAGAAACAGUGGAUUCAAGAUCAGCUUGCACUGCCCGUGCUGCACAUUUGUGCCAUCAAAUAACUACAUUAUUCCCAACAAGAGUGAGGAGCUGGAGGCACGGUUUGCAGGUAUUGAUGACAGUUUCAUCCAUGGUGAUGACCUGAAGGUGUUUAAGCACAGUGCUCGGGCUCCACACCUUCUCCUCAUGCUACUGCCUUCAUACCGGCUGGAGUCCCAGUCCCAGCACAAGAACCACCGAUCCAAGAGAGCCCUGGAUGCCGCCUACUGCUCCAAAAAUGUUCAGGACAACUGCUGCUUACGGUCACUCUACAUCGAUUUUAAGAAGGACCUAGGCUGGAGGUGGAUCCAUGAGCCAAAGGGAUAUGAGGCCAACUUCUGUGCUGGGGCAUGUCCAUAUCUGUGGAGCGCCGAUACCCAGCAUUCCAAGGUGUUAGGCCUGUAUAACACCAUCAACCCUGAAGCAUCAGCAUCACCCUGCUGCGUCUCCCAGGAUCUAGAGCCCCUCACCAUCCUCUACUACAUAGGCAAGACCCCCAAAAUAGAGCAGCUCUCCAAUAUGAAGGUGAAAUCCUGUAAGUGCAGCUAGAAGCCCUUACAAGCCAGCACAAACAGUCUCUCCUUCACACACGUGUACACACUGACACACACACAUAUAGUGGACUUGGGCAUACAUACAGUCAAACCACAACUGUACAUUUUCAUGCAAUACUUCACACAGGCACAGUCAGGAGUGGUGUGUUGGACAAAAGAGGUACAGAACACUUCAGUGCUAGUUCAGUUCAUACACAACAUACAGGACCAGUGCUGUCAUGAAACCAGAAACUUGACUUUGAUACCAAUGCUAAGUGGCAGAAGUACAGUGUAAUACUGCAGUAUUUGGUUGGUGUAGGUUCACACUGCCCAAUAUUGAUAAAAGCAUAGUCAGGGCUUGUGUGCAGAGAUUUGCAUGAUGAACAGGAUUCCACGUUGCAGUUUGUUGUGUAAUGCUUGGCUUUCUAAGCAUCAGGAGCUGUUGGCUAUCCAGUGUAACAUGCGACUUUUCAUACCCAUUAAACCCUUUUUCUCCUGCAGGAGAGCUAGUGAAGUCAUUUGGUGCUGCACGAGUGUGAGUGACAUUGUUCUUAUGUAGCCAAAUAAAUCAAACUAUAAGCUGCAAAAAGAAAGAAUGCCCCCACACUUCAUUUUGAUCCUAUAGCAACUGAAAAUCAUGAAAUAUUGUAUAUAUUUCCAGUUAUGACAUAGGCAGCUUUACAUUAUGUAUAGCAGAGGGUUUUAGAUAUUAAUCAUUGCUGUCUUUAGGGGGAAACAGUUGCUCCUGGCAACAUUUUUAAAAGCAGAUUAAAUGGAAUGGAAUCCAGUUCAUAACAUGAUGAACUCUUUGAUGUCGAGCAAUACCUAGUGCCAGUAAAGUGCCUGAAGAUGUAGUACCCUUAUUGGCCACUAGAUGUUGGUUUAAAAAAAUCUGACUGUAUUGAAAUUUAUUUUAGAAAGCAGAUUCCAAAUGAAAAAUCUGUAAGUAUUAGCUUAUCACGAAUAUACUGAUAUCAGUAUAGUGGUCAGCUGAACUAAACAAAAAACUGCUGCACAGAAUUGCACAGAGAAAGUCAUGCCAUAAUAUAUACAUGCAAGUUUUCUGUUUUUUUUUUCCCAACUGUAAAAUGUACUGCUCGGUACAUAUCUUUAAGACUUCAGUCGUAGUUGCUUUGGGGACGGCCCUGGUUAUUGUUUGCGUUUCCUGCAUAUUUCAGUGCACAUAGUUGCAAUGAAAUGAAAUUUCAGCUGGCAUAAGAUAUUUGAUGAUGUUUGUAAAUAAUCAUUAGCAGUGGUAUCAAAGUCAUGCCAAAAUUUGGAUUACAUACAUACAUAUACAUGCAGUGACACAGAUGUGGCUUUUGUAGAGGUAUGUCUUUUGGCAUUUUGAAGGCCCUGUCAACAUGAAGCACCUCAAACACUUGUCACACCGAGACACGAGAGUAAGGCAAACACUGGAAGUAUAAGUGUCUAUAUGUGAAAUAAGUCCUGAAAAUAACAUAGGCCCAUCCCAACACCUACCCACCACUUCACUCCCCUCUUCCCCACCUCAACCCACCAUAGUCUUCACAGUCACACAGUAUCCCCAAUUCUGUGUUUGUCUUUGUUUUGUGUCCUUCGUCAUUUUCAAAAUCUUUCCAUUCUAUUUAAGAUGUUCUUGGUAAUGGUUUAGCCCCCUGCAUAUUUGGACCCAAGUAGAGAAGUGGAUAGCAUCAACCUUGCACUGAUGAUAUACGUUAUAACAGCUACUCCAUUUCAUAGUUUACAGAUGUUGGAAAUUUUUAAUUUUGAUAAAUGCAUGAGAAAGCCACCAUACAAGAAAACAAAUACAGUGGAAACCGCUUACAAUGAUCACGUCUGCACAGGUCAAAUUGAUCACUAUAAGUGGAUGAUUAUUAUAACUGAGUUUUUUUUCCUUUUUCUUAAUUUCUCAUGCAGAUUACCAUCUAACUGACAUUUGUAUAUUUAUUACAUGAGCAUAAAGUAAUGAAAUGGACAGCUUUGCUAUUUACUGAUUAAAUGAGUAGAGGAAGAUAUCACAUGGCACACAAGUGUGCACAGCAAGCACACGUACAGACACACACAGUGAACUUAUGUUGGGAGAACAGGCAGGGACUGUUGUUACACUGUGGGAUUCCAAAAACCUUGUACAAAUAAGAGAUCCUAAGCAAGUGACAGCUAGCAGUAGUAGGUUACGACAGUUUUAAAUUCUUUUUCUAUAUGUUUUUAUGUAUGCAAAGAUCCAAAAUUAACAAUGUAAGUGGACUGCUUGAAUACAUAAGAGAAUUAUUUAAACAGCAUUUGUAUAUGAAUUAUUCUGUCCCAAGCUUUUUGAUAAAUAUAUGUGGUUGAUCACUGUAACCAUGAUCACUAUAAGCGGUUUCCACUCUACAUCACAUUUGAGCUCCUUAAGGGAUGAUUGUGGUUUAUUUUGGUCUUAUUUUUUUGUAUGCCAUCAUUUCUGUUUAAUAUUAGAAUAAGAUAAGUAAUUCCUUUCGGCCUUUUGUUGCAGAGGUAAGAAAAACUAAUUCAACCUUUGUUAUAACCCAUCCAACUGUGGAACAUAAAGUUUCUAAACAGUGUGGUACAAGCUUCACUCCAUUUAUCUAGAUAAAGAUGGUACAUUUCUAAAAAAGUAAAAUCAUUGUUUUUUUUAUAUAUUUAUGUUUUUAGCAGCCUUUAACAAACAAGAUAACCCAUAAGUUUAAGGUAUUUGCAGGUUAAACAUCAGUAGCUGGAAAGAAGAAGAGUCCUAGUAUCGUUUGUUCUUUUCAUAUACAAUUGAGAAUCAAAAAUCAUAAGAUAAAAAACGAUUAGUUAUUUCAUUAUUAAUUUAUGACAAAAAAACAACUAACAGCCUGUUUUUCGUACUUUCACUUUUAUGCCCAAGUCAAAGAUAGGAAAUGACGAAACAGACCACGGACCAAAUUUGAUUUUGAUAUUUAAUCUGUCCAAUUUUGUGUGACCAGGAAGUUACUGACUUCUUUUUGUUUUGCAAAUAAAAUUGCUGCAAAUACACUUGGGUGAUGGUGGUACUUGAUUUAAUGUAAUGAAUAUGAGCUUGAACAUCAAUAUUGUUGUUUUUUUCCAUAUUUUCACAUGUUGCAAAAUGAAGUUUCAUGAAUUAACUAUUAAUAGCUCUUUUUUGCUGUGUACCAAUGGAUGUACUGACAACUAUCAGCAAACUUACUUUGAUACCGAAGAAAUCCUAAAAAAACCGGAGGACAAUUCUGAAGUGUUUCCAUUCCUCUCAGUACACAUAUACAGAGUUACACUGUGUGCUGAAAAAUUAGCUUCAUUUUUUAUUUUCCAAAAUACUUUUCCAAAAUACUAGUGCAACACACAAAGAAGUCAGCAACUUCCUGGUCACAUAAAUCAGACAAAUUAAAUGUCAAAAUCAAAUUCGGUCUGUGGCCCUUUUUUUCAUUUCCUGUUUUUGACUUGAGCUAAAAUUGAAAGUAUUAAAAAGUGUUGGAUUCAUAAAUAAAUAACGAAAUACAAAUUGUUUUUUUAAUUUCCGAUUUUGGAUUGAAAAGAAUGAAUGAAACGCGGUUUACGAGGCCAGGCAUGUUCAAACAAGACUCUGUAGACAUUUUUUAGACAGCAGACAUCGCAUCUAAAAAGCUGGAAAGAUGACAUUAGAGGAGAGUGUAGGUUGGUAUCAUGUAUAAGGGUGAGCAGCUAUAGGAAAUGACGGCCCUUUAUUUCAGGUGCUAUUACACUGUAUUAAGUUUAAACAGUUUAUAGACCCACUUCAGAUUUUAACUACUGUAUUUACUGUAUUUGUGUAGGGAAUAUUAGCAACAUUUCAGGUGUGCUCACUUUCAGUUUAACCUCCAAAUGAGGUAGUUUAAAUAAUCUGGAUAAAGUUUUGGUUUGUUUCCAACCUGUCUGAUCAUCUGAGUGCUCGUGUUCCUUAAACCAUUAGACUUUGCUGCGGUGAUGUCACCUUCACCAGAUCAGCUAUCUUUAUGAGUAUUAGGACUGUCACUUUUUCAAAAAAUCAAGUGUGAAUAAAUUGGAAGUAACGUAAGCAACCCACGUAAUCCUACAUUAUGUUGUAGAGCUGAUGUUGCUUCAUCCAUUCGGAUACCUCCGCUUCCUCAGUCAGAAAAGAAGUUACCAAAUAGCUGCAUCUUUUAUCAGCAAUUUAUGCUUCCUCACUUUACUCAUCAAAUGAUUUGGUGUCACGGUUAUUUGUUCAGUACAUACAAGGUACAGCCAACCGAUCAUUUCAGAAUAAAUAUUUAAAUGUGACACGUUCAAACAAUAGUUUAAAUUUUGAAUAAAAACGGACCCAAGUCCAACGUUGCUGUUACCAAGAGAUAACCACAAACAUUAGACCCAUUUUGUAAUAAACCAGAAUUAUCCCUUUAAUGUUAUGAAUUUACAGACUCCUGCUGUGAAGAGAGGCAUCCUUCAUGUCCCAUUUACUGUGUACUGGCUGUGCUUAGUAGUGUUUGUUGUUUAACAGUUAAUGGCUUUAAUAACAUAAAAAACACUUAAAGAAGUGAAAGCAUUUCAUAAGCUUAAAAUUCACAGCGGUGUCAUCUCAUGCACUCAGCACAACCACAGUCCACACUAGCUGAACGUUCUGGAUUCAGAGAAAGGAGAUGCAGUCUUUUAGUAAGUGAUGAUGGAGCUAUGAUUGGGGAAACGCUGUAGCUGAUUAAUUUGAUGAAAGAUUACAGAAUAUGUAAUGAAGAGUAGAUAUGAGCUUCACUAAAAGCAUUUGGAGCCAAAAAUAGUGCACAAUUUAUCCAACCAUCAACAGCCACCUCUAUCACUCUGUAGUAGUAUUUUGUUGUGUCAUCAGUGUGUCAUCUUGUUGCCAACAGAAAACUUAAUAAUUUCUCCCACAAACCUGCAAAGCUGUCUGUGAGUCAUUAUUUUUGUUUCAAAUUGCACUGAUGCUGUUUUAAUUUUCUAUUUUAAAAUACCUAGUUUUCUUAGUUAGUCCCCCCACCCCCCACCCCCACUAAACAAAUAAGAAUUGUUGAUGUAGUUGACCUGACCCCGACCCCAGUGGGCGUUUAGUGCCAGUGGACUUACUGAAUAGCAGGAAAAAAAGAGAGGCACCAACUCUGUCAUGAUAGAGCUGUUAUUUUUUAUGUGUAUUUGUUGUUUUGAUGAUGAUGAUGAUGUUAUUGUGACCCACUAUGCUGUAUUGUAACACAGUGUUGUUGUGGUGCUCUAGUGGUAAAUAAAUUAUUUAAGUUUU